AGCAUCAGGAAGAGCAGGGUAUAGUAGGCUCGUUCCCGCGACUCAACGUCUUCUCGCUGCGCCAUGAUUGACGUUCGAGGAAAGGCAUAAGAGGAGGAGCCAGUAGUGAGAACUGUCCAAUGGUGUAAGAUGGGCGGGAGUUGAUGGUGCUCAGCCCUCCAAUCGGUUCUCGCGGGCGGGGUUUGUGCUCCAUAGUCGGUGUUUGCGCUGUGAACGUGUAACAAAAGCGAGAGGAUGGACUGAACUGAGAGCGGCUGCAUGGAAGAGUGUUCAGUUCACAUCGCAGCCACUGUGAUUUACCCGGAGAACGGUGAGACAGCCUCCAGUUCACACACGCGCCUCAAUCCACUGCUGAAGUCCAACCCGGCCAUCAGAGUUCAGCUCAUAUUUCACGGAGUCCAAACACAACCUUGUACGCGUUUUUUUAUUUAUUUUGCGUGUGUGUGUGUGUGUGUGUGUGUGUUCACCGCCGAGCGGGCGAGCGACCCUGUCUGAGACGUAAGGUUUAGCCGAAGCUGCAGGGAAAGAGAGAGAGAGAGAGGGAGAGAGAAAGAGAGUGAAGCGGCAGACAUGGACGAGCAGCCGCGGAUGAUGCACUCGCACGCCGGCGUGGGGAUGACCGCGCACCCGGGCCUGCCUCAGCACAUGCAGGAGGGAACCGGAGGAGCCGACGGCGACGGCAGAAAGCAGGACAUCGGAGACAUUUUACAACAAAUCAUGACGAUUACAGACCAAAGUCUGGACGAAGCGCAGGCCAGGAAGCACGCGCUCAACUGUCACAGGAUGAAGCCGGCGCUCUUUAACGUCCUGUGUGAAAUAAAAGAAAAAACAGUGCUGAGUAUCCGUGGCGCUCAGGAAGAGGAGCCUCCUGAUGCCCAGCUUAUGAGACUGGACAACAUGCUUUUGGCUGAAGGCGUGUCAGGGCCAGAGAAAGGGGGCGGGUCAGCUGCGGCUGCAGCCGCUGCGGCAGCUUCGGGAGGAGCCGGAGCCGAUAACUCAGCUGAACACUCUGACUAUAGAGCCAAGCUCUCCCAGAUCCGCCAGAUUUACCACACCGAGCUGGAGAAAUAUGAACAGGCAUGUAACGAGUUUACCACUCACGUGAUGAACCUGUUGCGAGAACAGUCGCGCACACGGCCCAUCUCACCCAAAGAGAUCGAGCGCAUGGUCAGCAUCAUCCACCGCAAGUUUAGCUCCAUCCAGAUGCAACUCAAGCAGAGCACCUGCGAGGCAGUCAUGAUCCUCCGCUCCCGCUUUCUCGAUGCCAGGAGGAAAAGACGAAACUUCAACAAACAGGCCACCGAGAUCCUGAACGAGUACUUCUACUCCCACCUCAGUAAUCCGUAUCCCAGCGAGGAGGCCAAGGAGGAACUGGCCAAGAAGUGCUCUAUCACUGUCUCCCAGGUGUCCAACUGGUUCGGAAACAAACGAAUCCGGUAUAAGAAGAACAUUGGGAAGUUUCAAGAGGAAGCCAACAUGUACGCAGCUAGAACUGCAGUGAAUGCGACCAACGUGUCAGCUCACGGCAGCCAGGCAAACUCCCCCUCCACUCCCAACUCAGCAGGUUCUGCUGGCUCUUUUAACAUGUCCAACUCUGGUGAUUUGUUUAUGAGUGUGCAGUCUAUGAAUGGCGAUUCAUACCAGGGGGCUCAAGUGGGAGCUAACGUGCAGUCGCAGGUGGAUACCCUUCGCCAUGUUAUCAGUCAGACAGGAGGAUACAGUGAUGGCCUCACAGCCAACCAGAUGUACAGUCCGCAGGGCAUCAAUGCUAAUGGUGGAUGGCAGGAUGCUACUACCCCCUCCUCAGUGACCUCACCCACAGAAGGACCUGGAAGUGUUCACUCUGACACCUCCAACUGAUCCCCUCAUCACCUCACUCCUUCUUGUUCCCUCACUACUGCACAAACCAUGGACUCUCGUUUUCUUCCAUCAAUCUCAGUCAUUCAUCACUAUGUUUAAGUAAUGCACUCACUAGCUCACUAACCUUGGUCUCUGCCAUGCUUUGGAGUGAAUCAGUCUGUUUUACUGCUCAGACUGAUCAGGAUUUUACACCAAACACACACACACACACUCACGCACGCGCUUACUAUUCUCUAAUAAAGCCCUGGAUUUGUAUUAACCCCUUCAGAUCAAAUUUAUUUUUUAUCCUCAAUUUUUUUUUCAAAAUCGUUUAAACAAGCAUUUGGUUUUUAUGAGAGUAGUAUUCCAAUGCAGCUCCUAUAGCCAGUGGAUGGAAUGAAAAAAAAAAAUCCCUCCAAAAUAUCCAUUACAAUGAACAUGGAAUCUGAAGGGGUUAAUAUAUACAAUCACACUACCUCUUAAAAAAUGCAUAAACAACAAACAAUAAACACACAACAAACUGAUUUCUAAAACAGAAAUGAUGGUGCAUAUGAUGCCCCAUUUUUCCAUAUCGGAAUCUUUUUCACAUUUUUACCAUGGUAAGAAACCAUGAACAUUUUCUGUGUCCAUAGUGCCAAAGUAUUUUUCUACAUUUUAACACUCAUGAUUUGCAUGUUCAUUUGACGUGAUCAUAUUCUUCAUGUUGUAAUAUACGAACAUACUGUAUUAUAAAGACAUAUUUUGUAUCUCGGUCUCUUCUCCAUCAUAUAACUUAAAAUUGAUUUUUAAGUAGGCUAUACAAACAUCGCUUGUCUUUGAGUCCUGAAAACCUCCUUUCUUUAAAAAAAAAAAAGAAAAAAAAAAAGCUUUUUUGUUGUUUUCCGUGUAUAAUCUCCAUCAAUGACAAUGCAGUAUAGGCCUUUGCAAAUUAAGAAGUUUGUAACAUCUGUGUGAAUCACCCGAUGGCAAAUAAUUUAAUAUGCUUCACCAAGUUAUGUUAUAAUAAAAACAAAACAAUUCACAAUUUAAUCAGUAAAUGAAGAGCCAAAUGCUGCUGUGAACCAAAAUCACUUCUGUAAUAAGUUGAGACAAGAUUUGAAAUGAUGCAAACUUUAUAAAGCUACUGUAUUUUACAGACUAUAAGAUGUUUUUUAACCCUCUAGAUGGUGCUCUGAUUUUUGUUAUUGCAUGAGCCUUCAUAUUGGUUAUGGAGUAACAUUUAAGCCAUUAACAUCAGCACUGACUGCAGCAGAAUAGCAUUAUGAUGGAAAGAAGAGUCUUUUCUUAGAAUUCUUGGUUAGUUUUAUGAUUAACUGUUAAACUGUGACAUAAAUAUAGAGAUUCAUACAGAUAUCUGUUCUAUAUGACUGUAUGGUACACUACCAUAAGAUUGGUGCUAACAUAAACUGUUCAUGGGGCUAUAGCAGACAGUAGUGGCAGCGUUGAGGAUGAAUUGCAGAUGUUUUCCAGUCCUGAAAGAAGAAUUAAGAUCGUAGCAGAGAAACCAGUCGAACCUAUAGCAUCACUAUAACAGGACAAGAACAUAGAAAUGCCGCUACUUAAAUAAAAUAAAAUGAUAAUGAGGGUGCAUCUUAUUCUCAAGAGUGACUUAUAGUCCGAAAAAUACAGUACGUGUGUCUGUGAUUUGCUCCUGAAAUAUCUUUCAUUUUUUCCCCAAAAAAGCAGAGGACUUCAUAGCUGCAUAUAAUUAAUCUGAUUUUCUAAUAACUUUAAAGUGUGACUGUUGUGAAGUCACUUUAUAAUGUACAUUUUACUCUACGUUUUUCAUCCAAGAACUGAACCACUCCAAAUGACAACAAUUGAGCCUUGCUUUUAGUUUUAUGGUCUUUCUUGGUGACAACAUAUCGCAUAUCCGUCAUUACUUUGAUACCAAAAACAGCAGACAUGCCCAUUUUGUUUAUCAUUGCCAUUUUAACCAGCAUCCACAUUGUAAAUUAUGUAUUAUCUCCUGUACCUGGGCUUGUUUCUUAGCGAAAGCCCCAGUGCUUCGUAUUCAAAACCAAAAAUGCAGUCAGAAUUCAGUAGUGUUUGUCGAAAGAAAACAUGGCACAAAAUGCAGAAAACAUUUGCGUAUAAUUUUUACGUCAUCAUGUUGUGAAUAGCCUAAUGCGCUUUUGUUUUCGGCUUCAGGUCUGUUACAAGACAUUUAACUUUUUUUUUUUGUCUUUUUUUUUUUCUUGCUUUAGCUUAAUGUGAAUUAGCCCAAGGAUGCGCUAUGUACGUAGUGUGCACCUUUUUGAAUUCUUAUUUUGCUCUUUUAAACAGUUUAAAAUGAUACAUCUUGUGUCGUAAUAUAAGACACGUAUAAAUGUGAAUCGGGUCUCUGAUGGGCAGACUACGUCUUCACGAAAUCUUUCAUGAUUUGAUCAACAUAAUAGAAAUAAAAGUCCCUGAAGGGAAGUGACAAGGCCAGCGCUGAUGGUCAGUUUAGAAUAAAGUGUAUAACUGGGCAACAAUCUUAUCACACCAAACAAAUCAAGUGUGUUGUGCAACGCACAUCGAUUAUAUUAUCGUGUUACUUGUAGCAAAUCAACCAAGCUUUUUGUCACAUUAAGUGCUGUAAUUUAUUUAGUUAGAUCCACCAUCCAUCACUAAGCUAUAUCAUGACAUUUUAUAAUGAGCAUCCAUUAAGAAAGAGGGCCCUUUAUUUCCGUGUGUCGAGAGUCCAGCACUGUUUGCUGAUUUCCUGAUUUCAAACACACCUGCAAAUGGGGUUUUAAAGGAAAAGUAGCACCAGGAUGGAAAAUGGCAUUUUUUUGGCCAUGCUUCCUUUAAAUAAUGAGCCGAAUGAGUGUGCGUUCAAACUGGAAAAUCACCAAACAAUGCUGGACUCCUGUUCGGCUACAGAAGUGCAGCUGUAACUAGCCAAAACAGCUCCUUCUGUGUAGGUGACCUGUAGAUCCUCAAGACUAGCACGUGUUAGUGUAGACUAUGCAGUUAGAUGCACCAUCUAACACUUAGCUAGAUAACAUUCAAUAAUAAACAUCAAUGCUGAUUUGUUGUAACCCGGAGAGGCCGAUCUAUAUAAAAUAGGAGUUUAACACGUCUUUUACAUCACUGUGUGUGUUAGAGCAAAUCAAAAAGUGCUAAACUCCAUCCAGCCACACACAAACACAGUUGGUCAAAUCUGGGUUGAAGAGUGACAUAUUAACCCUAAAUACUCACUCAGACACACACACACAUACACACACACAUACACAUACAUAUCUGUUGUCACCUGCCCAAUUUUAGCAUAUUGUUAAAAGCUUCAUGUAAUGAUGCUUUUAGUUUUUUGCAUAUGAAGCAAUUUGUAAAACAUCAAAUGUUUACUUUGUUGCAUGUCUUUUGUUCUUUAAAAAAAGUCCUGCAGUGUUUUUGAAUGUUUUUUUUGUUAUCUGUUUUUUUCUCUUUUUUUUUUUAAUAAAUAAAUAAAUAUAUAUCUAUAUAAAGCGCGGAGACUUUCUCUUGCCGAGUUUUAACUUUUAAGAUCUCUGCAUAUGUAUAAUAAGGAAUAAAAACGGAACAGCAAAUUAUUGUCUUUUCAAUUCCAACUUGUUUUUGUGAAGGAAAAAAAAACUAACAAGGUGUAGGUUUUCUGGUCUCUUAAUUUGUACUGGUAAUGCAUAUUCCAAAUAAAUAGUUUCUUUUGUUGCAA